UUGGCAGCGGAGGUGGAAGCUCUGCUACCUGUCCAUGCCUUUUGGCGUCCCACGAUGAACCAGUAUUACGGGCACCUCCUUUCGGGGGUCCUCCUCAGCCUCCUCGUCGCAGGCUUCGCCGACGACGAAUCUAGGAUUCGGCUGCCGGCGCCCUCUAACCGCGGUAGCAUGUGUGAUGAGCUCAUCCGACCGGCCGGGUACCCAUGCAUCGAACACACAGCCCAAACUACGGAUGGGUACUUGUUGGCUCUCCAGAGGGUUUCGUCCAGACAUGGAAACAUCACCUCAAACGUCGGGCAGGCUCCUCCCGUACUGCUUCUACACGGAGUCUUUAUGAAAUAUUGGGACUGGAGUUGGCAGGAGUUGGCGAUGAAUGACCUGACGGAGAUGCUACACUUCAUACACGCCGAAACAAGCUCCAAACCUUUCAUUGUUGGUCAUUCUCAGGGGACUAUCAUGACGCUGGCUGGUCUGACUCAGCCGCAGAUCGUGCAAAUGGUGGAAGCUGCCGCCCUCCUCUGCCCAAUCUCUUAUUUGGAUCACGUUUCUGCCACUAUUCCCCGUCAAUUGGUCACUUUCCACGUCGAUAAGGGCACUUUUGCCCGUUACGACUACGGGAUAUUCAAAAACUACAAGCUGUACGGGCAGACUACCCCGCCGGUAUUCGAUCUAGGGCGCAUACCGGAUUCCUUCCCGCUGUGGAUGGGGUACGGUGGUCAGGAUGGUCUGGCCGACCCGGCCGACUUCAACCACACGCUCAGGGAGCUGCGCGACCAGGCCAUUUUGCACUACGUCGACCGCUACGGCCAUGCCGACUUCCUCUACGGCACUCGAGCCAAAGAAGAUGUCUACGACGACUUGAUUGGGUUUUUCAGGUAUGGCUACGGUUUCGGAUUUGAACUGGAUUUGAACUUGGUCAAGAUGGGGUACGGUGGUCAGGAUGGCCUGGCCGACCCGACCGACUUCAACCACACGAUCAGGGAGCUGCGCAAUCAGGCCAAGCUGCACUACGUCGACCGCUACGGCCAUGCCGACUUCCUCUACAACAUUCGAGCCAAAGAAGAUGUCUACGACGACUUGAUUGGGUUUUUCAGGUCUGUAAUGGGCCGACAAUCUGCCAUUGCUUAG